CCACUGUGCUCCUCCGUUUUCCCGCGCUCAAUGCAUUGCGCAACGCUUGCAUGCAAUCGUGUGCUGUACGCAACACGCUGCAGUCACCUGCAUACGGCCGCACGUUACCAUAGCAACGAUUCUAACAAAAACACCAACAAAUCGAACCAUUUUUUGUUCACCAUCAGCGCAACCUUGCUUUGUUUUUUCCGCGCGUUGUCCAUUUUUUUUCGCUCCUCUUCACUAGUGUGAAAUUUUCGUGUUUGCUGCGAGUGCUGCCUUCCUUUCGGCCGAGUCAAAAAUGGUAGCACGACGUAACAACGUGCUGACCUAAGCGUGUGUCCAUGUGUGUGUGGGUGUGUGCAAGGGUGUUUGUGUGUAUCAAAUUCUACUAGAAAACUACAGCGAACUUCUCUAGUGCAGUGUGUUGGAACACCCCAGUCGCACCACCGGCCGACGAUGGGGAAGGAUUCGGUGCGCGAAAAGGACACCGCCGUGGUGAUGGCCGGCGGUAGCAGAAGAUCCGGCGGCCGUCCGGUCAGUGCAUCGCCGUACUCGGAAAAUUAUCGGCCACCGAUCGAUCUCUGCCAGCGUCAUCUGAUCAACCACCGGCUGAUGGUGUCGAAGCUGACACGGCGCGAGCUGGAGGACAAAUAUCUCAGCCUGUGCGACGAGAACUACACCAUCAAGAAACGGUUCCUCGAGCAGGAAGAGUUGGUGAAGCGGUUGAAAACGAAGCUGACACGCCUGUCGAACGAGAGCAAUACACGGUCCAAAUCGCGCCUCGACAUGGCCUCGAACGAACACUACAGCAGACUGCACGAUCUGGAGCUACAGCGGCGAGAACUGCACGAAAAGUUGGAAGCCCUUCGCCGUGCUACGUCCACCGAAGGACGACGGAUCGAAAACGCAAGCAAGGCUAAUAGCGCGAGGACAAGCACCGUGCAUCAGCGUCGUUCGAAAAGUGCCCGUCCGGCGAAGGAUCCAGAUGCGGUGGGUCGUCGAGAGUGCAAGUCUUCUUCACCGUCGAACGAUGGGUACGACGAGGAGGAGGACGAUCGUCGCCAUCGUGCGGUUGGCAGUGGACCAGGUCGUCGCGUCAGUACGGACGAUCGAACGGAAGAUGAUGAUGACAGCGUUGAUGGUGGGGUGGCACGGCGGAACAGUCACCGGAAGUCGUACGGUGCGGACGAUGAAGAUGAGGAUGACGAUGAGGAGGACGAUGAGAAUGAUGAGCGUGCCGGUGUGGACGAGGAUCGGGAUGUACUGUCCGGAGGUAGUGAGGAUCUGCAUGGAAGCGAUCGUCGAGAGUCGGCUAGAGUGGACUCGAAUGGACUCGGCGGUACGAAGGCAAGCAAUUCGAAGGAGCGUCGCCAUGGCUCGGAAAAAUCCAAAACGCGACAGGCACAGUGUCCGGACUGUGAGCGCCACCGUACGGAGCAGCUGACGCGCGAAACAGACCUCGUCAAAAUGAAGCUAAACAUCAAAUACCUCCACAAGGAGCUGCAAAAUGAGAAGGAAAAGAGUUCGCUGCUAGCACGCCAGCUGGAGGAGAAGCUGUCGUACGAAAUCAUGAAACGGAACGCGGCAGAAAACCUCGAAAUACUUAACCUAAACCGACAGGUGGAGGACCUGGCGAAGGAACUGCAGCGACAGGUGGACGAGCAGAAGCGGUCGAUGGAGCACGAGAUGCGGAAGCAAGGUGAUCUGGAAGCUCAAAUACGCAAGGAGAAGGACAAAAACGUGUCCCUGUUUGAGGAAUGUGAACGGUUAAAGAAAAACAUUGAAAAGCUCAAGGAGAACAUGUCCGAGGUGGAGAUUGAGCGCGAUUUUCUGAAACGACAGCAGGAAAACUUUACCAAAAUUGUGGACGAAAACAAGCUGCUCAAGUACCAGCUGGACGAGCUGCGGAAGCACAACGAGGAGCUGCUGAAGCAGAUCGAUACGCUGAAGGAGGAGGAACUCGUCACGAAGGAAUCACAGCGCGAGUUGCUGGCGAAGCUCAAGACGUUACAGCAGGACAAUGACACGCUGUCGGUAAUGUUGGAAGGUUUGCGCACCGAGAACGAACUGCUGGCCGAGGAACGAACGCAGCUGGAGCAUAGUCUGAAGAGCUUAGAAGCAUCACCCAUCAAAGAGGUUCGCCCAGUAUCGCCGAUACGUUUGUCGGUGAAUGCGUCAGUACAGACAGAGCGAGAAGCAAAACCCGAUACGCAAGAUACCACGAGCAAAGUCGUCCUCAAAGAACCAACUUCACCCGUUGAGCGACGGGUGCACGAACGGCGGGACACACUGCCGAUGGAUCUAGGACCACAGCCUAGCCGACGUGCGUCCGUAGCUGCACGUAUGAGUCGCGAACGGCACGCUUACGAGACGACCGAAGCUAUACAGCUGUUGUCGCGGCAGGUCAGCGUUAGCCACAUGAUACCGAAGCUGUCCCACAUUAUGGACAAUCGUACCGACGAACCGAUUAAACCUAAUAAUGUUGAGCUGCUGAUUGCAAACAGUUACCCGGAAAGGUUGGAGCAAUCAUUCCGCGAGAACGAACAAUUCUACGCGCUGCAGAAUGCAGCACGCCGUCGAAAUACGGAUCGUGCGUCAACGAUAUCUUCGGUGUCGGAAAAACGACGCAUCUCUUUCCUUGAUGGUGCCACCCCUAAACAAUCGACCGGCAAAGAUGGUGACCGCUCGGUGCAGGAAAAUUACGCCCGGUUCUUCAACAUACAGCGGCUUCCCUCGAUGUGGCACCGGAUAGCGGAGAAUCCGGCAGGCAUGGCCACCUCCAUACCGAAUCAAAUAUUUAACACCAAACGUUCCAACGGUGACGAUAUGCUAACGAUCGAGAUACGGUCCGUACGGUGGCAUGAAGCCGCCAUCGAUCGAUUGCUAGCUGCCAAGGUUUCGCUCUACUACGUCGAGUUUACCUUUCUCGAUCUUUACGGCCAUCGGUUGGAAACGCCGCAUUCGGCCAACUUCCUAUCCGCUGACGGUGCAGUUCAGCUAGAGCAUAGGUUCGAUUUUAAGGUGAGCGUCGAACUGGACGCUAAGCGUCAUCCGGGACGACGCGAGCAGCUGAAGAAAAUGCUUGCCCCGGCAGCAGGAAACGUCGGUACGGUACGGUUUGUGGUUGUGAAUGAGGAUCGCACUGCCGGUGGCAGUCCGAGUGAGGAUAUAGGAUACGCCUCGAUCAAACUGCGCACCGAGCUGCAGAAUGCUUUGGCACCGAACGUGAUGUCGCAGCUGGAUGUCGAGGCACCGAUCUACGAUUUUGACCACGAGCACGAUGAGUUGGGUGUGCUUACAGUUAAAUUUGACAACAUCAAGCUGCUGUUGUCGCUGAUGGAGUGAUAGUUUUCGAUAGCUAGUGAGCAUCAUUAUUUUUUUAAAUAUUUUUUAACUAUAUUUAUUUUUUAAAGAACUAAUUUUCAUUUGUUGUUUUAUUACUAUAACGGAAAGAACGGAAAUGAUGUUAAAUUUCCAGUUCUGAUAUUUUUCUGAACCAUAUCAAUGCAUGUAUUCGCUGAUGAUUCAUGCAUGUAGUUUCCCGCCAUUUGGUUCACCGCCUCGUUGACAGCUACACAGUGGGCUCUUCCACCAUAUCGCCCGCUUCACUAAUUCACCGCAAUAUUAAAUUAAAUCAAAUGGCGUAUGAAUAUAUUCCAGAAUAAUUUAUCAUUAAUACUUAAUUAAAUGAGCAUUUUAAAUAAAUGUUACGGUCCUACCAAUUUUUUUUUUACUAAUCUAUUUAUUUUUGCCGUUGACAUUACUAGUGUCCAUCUAAUCGACCACUGUGCUCAUCGUUUGUUUUGAUUUGUGCACGCAUAGUUUGCAUUGCCGCAAGCACGUUGUACGCCGGAAUUUUUGCGAAAGAAAGUUCAAGGAGCGGGAUAAGAAUCCAGAUCGUUUAAAAUUCCCUUUUUGUGCACAUCUUCAAAGUGCAGUGCUAAACUAUUAAGGUGUGAGUGGAUAAUAGCUGUGGAAAAACGCAUCCAUGGUGUAUAAAGUGCAUACAGC